UCUUCUUUUUUCCUUCCAAUCUGCAGAUUCUGUACAUUCAAAUCAACUUGUGACAUUGUUCAAGAAACACCCUUUUAGGCCAAGGGAUCAGAUAAAUCUUGUUAGCUUUUCCAUGUAGAUUUACAAUAUCAUAAUCAUUAGAUUAGAUUGAAAUGUCAUGACGGUCUUGACAUCCCAGACCAGAUUUGUUUGAAUAAGAGAUUCUGAAGAGGAAAAAGAAAAAAGUCUUCCUCGGUGUUUUGGCCCUGAAAAUUUAACCUGAUUAAUAAGGUAAGGAGAGGCCAACCCUUUUGAGGUUAGCACCUGAAAAUGCCAAAUCAUCUUUCAGGAGCUGAACCAUUUCAGGUUGCAAGAUCGUCGUCACCGUCAUUAGAGAAAGAAACCGAGGAUCAACAAACAAAUAAGGUUCCCCAAAGCUGUGUCACCCUCAUCUACAAAGCCAAUGUAGCAGAAUCGUCUCGCUAUGUAACAGUAACAUGGAACAAAAACCUUAUCAACUAUUCCCUUACAAUUGGCGUGGAAAACCCUUCCAAUGAAGAUCCUUACACUUGCAAGAUUGACUUAAAAACUUGGCAGUUUUGGGGCAGAAAGGGUAUAAAAUCCUUCCAAGUUGAUGGAAAACGAGUAGAAGUUUACUGGGAUUUUCGACACGCAAAAUUUUCGAGCAACCCCGAGCCUUCCUCGGAUUAUUAUGUGGCUCUAGUUUAUGAUGAAGAGGUGGUUCUCAUACUAGGUGAUUUAAAGAAAGAUGCUUAUAAAAGAACCAAGAAAAGACCAUCCUUGAUAGAACCUAUAUUGUUGUGCAAGAAAGAAAAUGUUUAUGGGAAGAAAAUAUUUUUUAGCAAAGCAAUGCUACACAAUGAGAAGAAAGAGCACGACAUUGUCAUUGAAAUGUCAUCAGGGCUUGGUGAUCCUGAGCUGUGGAUUAGCAUCGACAGCUUCGAGGUGAUUCACAUAAUGAAUUUGCAUUGGAGAUUUAGAGGAAAUGAGAAAGUGACUAUGAUGAACGAUGUGGUGGUAGAGAUUUUCUGGGAUGUCCAUGAUUGGUUGUUUAAUAGCUCUGCAUCUCCAGGCGCAGGCAAUGGGCUGUUCAUUUUCAAGCCUGGAUUCCCUAACUCUGAUACCAAUCGAGAAGAAGACGCUGGUAAUGGUCUCAGGUAUGAUUCACCACUAGAGAGGACACCUACCUCAGGGUUUUUCCAUGUCAUAUACGCUUGGAAAAUUGAGUAAGGAAAUGUUGGAAAUUAAUUAGUGUAUGCGAUUCAUUUACCUGAUGAUAUAUAUACAUUCGUUUCAUGAUCA